AUGGCACCGCCUCGUCGAAAGGUCCUGGCUACGGCCGAGGAAACUAUGACCCCGCCCGACGAGCUCGCCGACACCCACCACAUUGUGCGGGCCAUCAAGGCCACCGGCAACAACAUCUACCAGAUCGAAUUCCCAGACAAGUCCCAGAUGCUGGCUGAGCUGCCGGCGAGAUUUCGGUCAACGUUUUGGAUCAAACGCGGAUCCUAUCUCUUGGUCGACACGAAGACGCAGGAGGAGCGAGACAACAAAAUCGGCGGGGAAAUUAUCAAUAUUGUGCGGGAUGAGAAGGCCUGGCGGAAGGCUCCUUUCUGGCCGAAGGAGUUUGUCAAACAACCAGUGGUGACCGCCAACUCGGAUUCCGAGGACGAGGAGGAAUCGCGCGUGGGCAAGAUGCCCUCUUCCGACGAGUCCGAUGCGUGA